GAGCUUGAUUUGUUUACUUCCGUUUUGGUAAUUCCAAAAGACGACUUUCUGAAAGUGCAGGCGUUAGCAAACUAUGGGAACGAAGAGGCAAAGAGACUCUAAUGAAGAUGAUAUCAACAAAGAAAGUCAAAGAGCAGAAAGCAAGCAACAGAAAAAAAUGGAUCACUAUUUGACAAAGAAAGACAAUACACAAAUAAAUCGAGAAAAAUCUCAACUUAACAGUGGGGAGGAAACAGCAGUAGCAAAGGAGGAAAAUUCAAAGUAUGAUAUACCAACACCUGAUGUUAAGAAAUCAGACAAGAGUGAAAAAGAGAAAAGUGAAAAUGAAAUAAAAUCCGAACACAAGCAAGCACUUGAUACCGAGAGUACAGAAACGCCUUCAAAGCGAAUGAAAAUGGACAAAGACAGCACUGUAAAAGACAAAAACCUAAUAACGAAUUAUGGAGAAUAUGUACCAAAAGACAAACAUAGGACAAACGAAGAAAGCAGAAACACUUCAACAGAUGAUUUCUCUGUAAGUCAUAAAGAACCUUCAAAGAAACCCAAGAAAAAUAAAAAGGAUAAAAAGUCAAAACAUUCACAUAAACAUUCACAUAAACAUUCACACAAGCACAGAAGUGAAUCUGACAAGAAGUCAAAGCACUCGGGCAGUCGCAAGGAAAGAAAAUCACACAAAGACAGCAAUGAACAUGAAAAUGAUCCAAAUCAAAAACGACUUGAUAAGGAAAAGAAGUCCAAACAUUCACACACAGACAGUAGUGAAUCAGAAGAGAAUUCCCCAUGUUCCCGUAGAGACUCAGAAAAGAAGGCUAAAGCUUCACAUACUGACAGAAUACCUGAAACUAAUGCAACAUAUCCACAAAGAGACUCAGAAAUACACUCUGAGCGUUCCCACAGAAGUUUUUACAGUAGCGAUUCAGAAACAUCGCCAUCAAAAGAAAGGUGUUCACAAAGAGAUAUACCAGAAAAAACCAGCAAUCGUUCAGAUAAGAAAACGGAGAAAGAAUGUGGUUUUACAAGUAAAGAAAGAAAGGAAAGUGGAGGCACACCAAAACAUUCCAGUAAUUGCUCUAAAAAUGAUGUGUUUGUACCAAGUAGUAAAUGUCAUGAGGAUCGUAGUAAACACUCUUGUAGUAGUUACAGCGGAAUAGAGGGUUCCAGUAAGGGUAAAAGUAAAGAAGACAAGGUGAUUGUGCAGUCACGUAAGCGUCACAGUGGACACCUUGACACAAGUCCCUCUAUUGAUAAAAGUUAUCUAAGUGAGAAAAAGGCACAACAAGCCCUAAGAUUUGAAAGCACGCCAGAAACACCAGAACUACAUCUGGAAAAAGGAAAAUCAAAAUCUCCUAAGAAAUCCGAAAGGAAGUUCGAAGAAACAACUGAUUCCAGCAACACUGAUUUAAAAGAAAAACACAGAAAUAACAUUAAUAUACUUAUAGAAAGUAUGAAGGAAGAAAAUAGAUUCAAGAAUUCAGCAGAAAGAAUUGGGCAUUUAGUGUUUACUGAUAAACUUAUAACAACCAGAGACGAUUUCGUCUUUUUCUUUGGUAUGGUGUCACCAUUCAGUCAGUUCCAUGCUGCAAACUUUAAAGUCCAGAAUAUCAUGUAUAGAUGUGCUGAACAGUAUAUGAUGCACCAAAAAGCAGUGCUGUUUGAUGACAAACAAAUAGCAAAGCAAAUCAUGGAAGAAACGAAACCUUUGAAAAUGAAACGUCUUGGCAGAAAAGUGAGAAAUUUUGAUGCAGAAAAAUGGGGAAAUAAAUGUAUAGAGGUGGUUAAAGAUGGAAAUAUUGCAAAAUUCUCUCAGAAUUAUCAUUUGGAACAAAGCCUAUUUGCAACUUAUCCCAAAAUAAUGGCAGAAGCCAGUCCACGUGAUUGUUUAUGGGGUAUAGGACUUGGUUCUAGUAAUGCCAAAGCUUGGAAUGUCAGGUCAUGGAGAGGAAAGAACCUGCUAGGUUAUACUCUAAUGGAUGUAAGGGGAAUACUAAUGAGGGCAAAAGGACUCAUUAAAUAAGAUUGUAUAUAGAUAUGUUAAAAAAUGUAUAAAUAGGUUCAUGAGAACUUAAAGACUUGUUAGAGCUUAUGAAAACUAUGUAGAUUAUGGAAUUGUACAAAGUUAUUGUAUACCUGUUUGAUAAUCAGUAAGAAUAGAUGCUAUUUUGGUUUCUAAUUAGGGAUCAGUUAAUAUAAAUUAUUGUGUAUGUUUAGUAUAAAAAUGAUCUGCUGUCAUUAUAGAUUAUUUGUUCAAAGAUAAAAUCUGUUAAAAAUGUCUGUGUAUAAACUUGCUGUUAAAUUUACUGUCAAUUUGUUUUGUGCAAGCUCUUGAAUAAGAAUCUGUUACCUUUUUUUUAUAUAUAAUCCUUAGAUAAGAAUCUUACAUGUUUUACAAAUCUUGGUUAAGCUAUGCUUAUCAAGCUGUAACAUUUCUAUAUAUUUGUUUUCUUUAUUAGUAAUACAUCUUUAUCACAUU